AUGACAGGUUCAAUAUUUCGUGUUGAAAAAGUUUUUUCUAAUGAAAAUGGAAUGUAUACUAUUCAAAUGAGUUUAUGUAGUGAGAAUGAUUUCGAUUUAAAACAACAUAUCGAAAAUGAUGUUACUAAUUCGAGAAUCUUAGGAAAAAUAUUAUCGAAAACUGGUAGAUAUAAUUUAGCUGAAAAAUAUUUUAACCGUUUAAUCAAACAACUUUCAUUAAAUGAUCCUUUACUUGCUGAUUUAUAUGAAGACCUUAGUGAACUUACAUCUCAAACAGGUGAUAAUCAAAUGAGUAAGGAAUGGCAUCAAAAAUCAAUAACAUUUAAACAACAAAAUCAAUUACCUGAUGAACCUACAGGUUAG